AUGGAUUGCUUUUUCUCAGCGACAACAUUACAAACAAAUUUCAAAAAACCAUUAAUUGAACAAUAUAAUAAUAAAUCCUAUAAAUAUAUUCAAUUAAAUAAUAAUGGGUUAAAAGUAUUAUUAAUAUCUGAUCCUGGUAUAAAUAAUCAUUUCACAUGUUCAAUGACCAUUGAAGAUUUUGGUAGUUUUAAUGAUCCAAUGAAUUAUUUAGGUUUAACUCAUCUUUUAGAACAUUUAAUAAUUUUCAAUCAUUAUCAAUUUAUUAAUCAAUUGAAAAAAAUGGGUGGAGAUAUUAAUGGGUAUACUAUGGGUGAUUUUAUGAAUAUAUAUUUUGAUGUAAUGAUAAACAAAAAAGAAGAAGAAGAAAACAAAGAGGAUAAUGAAGAUGAAUAUUAUCAUCAAUUGAAUUCAAUAUUGAUAAAAUUUAGUCAAUUGUUUAAUCCAAGUACAAAAAAUAAUAAUGGUGGUAUAAUCAUGGGUAAGGGUAAGGGUAUGGGUUUAGGCAAUAUGGUUAAUGAUAAAAAAUUGAUUAUUGGUGAGAUUAAUUCAAUUAAUGAAGAACAUCAAUUGAAUAUAACUGAUGAUGAUAAAAUAUUAUAUCAUGGAUUAAGAUUAUUGAGUAAUGUUAAUCAUCCAUUCAAUAAAUUUGCCACAGGUAAUAAAUCAACUCUUUCAAUAGAAAAUAACAACAACAGCAAUAGCAAUAGCAAUUACAAUACUAAAAAACUAUCAUUCAAUCAAUUUAUAAAUAAAUUGAAAUUGAAAAAUUUAUUAAAUAAUCAUUUACAAUAUUUUUUACAACCUUCAAAUAUGAUAUUAAUUGUGAAAAGUAAAUUAUCAUUAAUAAAAUUACAAAAUUUGGUGAUUAAUAGUUUUCUGAAACUUAAAAAUAAUCAAAAACUAGCAUUAUUAAGAAAUAUGUCACUCAUAGAUUCACCACCACCACCACAACAACAACAACUUUUCACGAAAUAUAAUCAAAUAUUACAUAUCUAUCGAAAUGGAAAUGGUUCAAAUUCAUCGAUUUCUUCAUUAUUAACAAAUCAUCAACAAAGAUUACAAACUAUAAAGAUUCGAUUAAUCCUUCCAUUAACAUUAAGGAACAACAAUUAUGCAAAUUCUUUAUUAUAUGAGAAUAUUUGGUGUAAUUUAAUUGGUGAUGAAUCAAUUAAUUCCUUAAGUUAUUAUUUAAAGCAUCAACACCAAAACCAACAAAUCAAUUUAAUCAAUUCAAUAUUUGUAUUUGGACAAUAUAUUUGUAAAUUAAAUAAAUUAUUAUUAAUUGAUAUAACUACAACCAAUAAUCAAUGUCAAAAAUUCAUAACAUCUUACUAUAAUAAUAAUAAUAAUAAUAAUAAUAAAACCAAUGAAGGAAAAUUAAAUAUUGUUAUAAAUCAUUUAAUUGAUAGUAUUUGGAAAUUUAUUAAUCAAUUAAUAGAUAAUAAGAAUAGAUCAAUGUUGAUCAAUUGUUUAAAUCAAUAUUAUAAGAUUUUUAAAUUUAAUUUAAUUUUUCAACAAGGAGGAAAUGAAGGAUCAUUAAUUUCAAAUUGUAAGGCACAAUCUAUUGAUGAAAUAUUAAAUUUAUCAGAAUUAUUGAUUUAUAAAGAUAUUCCAAUUGAAGAUUUACCAUUAGGAAAUAAAUAUCCACUUCAAAAUAAUGAUGAUAAUAAUGAUGAAAGUAUUAAUGUUGAUGAAUUUAUUUAUCAAACUACAAAAAUUUUUGAUAUUAAUAAACUUAAUGUUAUACUUAUGACUAUUGAUUCCUCUAAUACUGGUAAAAAUGGGAAUCUCAUUAAUACCAAUUAUGAUUCAUUUAAUAAUAAUGACAGCGACAGUGGCGGUGGCGGUGGCGGUGGUGACAGGAUACCUAUUAAGACUGAUCCAUAUUAUUUGUUUGAUUAUAGAAUAGAUGUGUUUGAUAUUAGUAGAGACAUUUAUAAUUCAAUGUUGAUAUCCAAAUAUCCCUAUUUUGAAAUAUUGCAAUCAACUAAAACCACCACCACCACCACCAGUAAUGACGAUGAUGAUUUAUUUAUCCCAUUUACUAAUUCACAAUUAGAUAAUAUUGUAAUCAAUAAUAAAUCAAUUUAUAAACAACUGAUCCUGACCUUGCUAUCGCUACCAAGUGUGCCACCCUUAAUUAAAUCACCACAAUUAAUUUUAAGUAAUUCAAAUCAUAAAUUAUGGUAUAUUAACAAACCUAGUAAUGGAAUUGGAUCUAUGUUACCCCUGCUGUCAAUUAUCACCAAAUUUAAUGCAAUUUUAGAUAUAACAACCAUUUCUUUUCAAAUAAUUAUUGAUGAUACUAUCAAUUAUAAUCAAGAUGCUGAUACUGAUGCUGACGAUGAUGAUAAUUUCAUUGAUAUUAAAAUUAAGAAUUUUAUAAUUAUUGAAUUAAUUGGAGAAUAUUUAGGUAAAUUUUUAUAUUAUGAAUUUUAUAAAAUUUCUCAAUAUUAUUUAUAUUCAUGGUCAAUUCAAUAUAAUCAUUUAAUAAAUUCAUCAAUAACAAUUAUUUUACUGGGACCAAAUUCAAAUAUUCAUAAUGUAUUAUUAAAAUUUAUUCAAUAUAUUUAUCAAUUAUUAUUUAAUGCCACCACAACAACAACAAAAAGUAAUGAUUAUGGUAAUAGAAGAAUUAUUGAUUAUAAAUUAUUGGUUGAGUUGAAAAAUAAAAUACGAUUCAAAUAUAAAAAUUAUAAUAAUGAAAAUGAAAAUGAAGAUGAAGAUAGAAUAAAUGAUGGGGAUGAUUGUUUGAAGAAAAUUAUUGAUAGUAGUAUAAUGAUAUUAGAAAAUGAUAUUUGGACAAUUGAACAAAGAAUAGAUGCAUUAAAUUUAAUUGAAAUUAAUGAUAUUAUUUGUUUAAUGAAAGUUAUUGUUAUUGGUAAAGAUUAUAUUUUUACAAAUGUUUUAAUAUCUACUUCAAUGGAUAAUUCUAAUGUGAAAAAAUUAAAUCAAAUAAUUAUGAAUCAAUGGGAUAAAGAUAAAUCCACAAAAAUAACUAAUAUUUUAAAUCCACAAUUGAAAUCAUUAAGUAGAAUUUUGAUGCCUGGUGGAAAUGAAUUAUUUAAAUAUAAACAAAAUACUAGUAAUAUCAACAAAAAUGUUGUGGUUUAUAAUUAUAUUCAAAUUUUCCAUCAACGGAGACCUCCUCCUCCUCCUCCUGCUGCUCCACCUACAUCGUUGUUAACUGAUACUAGAUUAGAUCAAUUUUAUUAUAAAUUCAUUUUAUUUAAAUUCAUAAAUUAUUUCAUUCAACAAAAAUUCAAUUAUCAAUUUCGAAUAAUUAAUCAAAUUGGAUAUAUGAUUUAUUCAGGGAUAAGAAUCAAUAAACAAACAAUGGGAUUAUAUUUUUAUAUCUCAACAACAACAACCAAAAAUGGUUCUAAUGACAUCAUUUAUCAAAAAAUUUUGGAUCAAUUGAAUCAAUUUUUAUAUCAAUUAGAAUUAGAAUUAGAAUUAGAAUUGGAAUUGGAAUUGGGAUUGACAUCUAAUAAUAAAACCCAAUCAGGAAAAUUAUUAGAAUAUAUUGAAUCAUUCAUUAAUUUAAUCAAUAAAAGAACCCAUAAUAAUAACCCCUACAAUCAUGAAGAUAUUACCACCAACAUUUACAAUAGUAGUAUUGACGAUGAUGAGACUAUCGGUGGUGGUGGUGGUGGUUAUGGUGGUGGGUUACCAAUUAAUUUAUUACUUGAAUCAUCAACUAAUCAUAAAAGUGAUAAUUUUAAUAUUUCUUCUACUAUUUCUUUAUUAAAACAUCAAAUAUAUUGGGAAUCAAUAAUUACUGGGAAUUAUCAACAACAACAACAACAACAACAACAACAACAACAACAACAAAAGAAAGAAGUAACAAGGAAACUUAAUAUCAUUAAUUUAUAUGAAAUUUUAACUCCAAAAAAUAUUAUCAAAUUUUAUAAAUCAAAAAUAUCAAUAAAUUCACAAUCAAAAUCAUCAAUUUCAAUAGUUUUACAUUGA